GCGGCCACGGCGCGGGGCAGCCGCCGCCGGGCCCGGCCCCCCGCAGCCCCCAUCCCCGGGGCCGGGAGGAGCCAGCGCGGCGCCGAGGAAUGCCGGGCCCCUGUGCCGCGCCGGCUCGGCGGGGCCGGCACUGAGCGGGCUGCAGCCGCCGCCAUGAAGAGCCCCCGGGAGGCCGGGGAGCCGCCGCCAGCCGAGUGCGUCCAGCUGAAGGUGCCGGUCAUCCAGCAGCUGUACCACUGGGACUGCGGCCUGGCCUGCUCCAGGAUGGUGCUUCAGUAUCUGAAUCGUUUGGACAAUGAUGAAUUUCAGAAAGCCAUCCAGGAACUCCAGUUAACCAAGAGUAUCUGGACCAUUGACCUGGCCUACCUAAUGCGGCACUUUGGUGUUAGGCACAAAUUUUGCACCCAGACACUUGGAGUGGACAAGGGCUACAAAAACCAGUCAUUUUACAGGAAGCACUUUGACACAGAAGAAAAUCGGGUGAAUCAGCUCUUUGCACAAGCCAAAGUCUGCAAGGUGCUGGUGGAGAAGUGCACAGUAACUGUUCAAGACAUCCAAAAUCACUUGUCCCAAGGUCACGUAGCCAUCGUCCUAGUGAAUGCAGUCCUGCUAUUGUGUGAUCUUUGCUCAAGUCCUGUCAAAUACUGCUGCUUCUUGCCCAUUGGACAGAAGUGCUUCUGCAGGAAUCCUGACUACCAGGGCCAUUUCAUUGUGCUAUGUGGCUACAACAAAGCCUCAGGGAGUAUUUACUACAACAACCCUGCCUAUGCUGACCGAACAUGCUGCACCAGCAUCAGUAACUUUGAGGAAGCGAGGACAAGUUACGGCACUGAUGAAGAUAUUCUGUUCAUCUACGCAGACAGCUGACACUCACACCUGAUAGCUCUGGCCCUUUCUGUGCAGCCUGCAUGGCAGCUGGCUGCUUGUCUCAGGGCUCCCCCUGCAGAGACCUUGCUCCUCAGUUGCAGUGGGAUCUUAAACGAGGGAGGCUUUAUAGACAUUGAUAGGACUAUAUUGCAAUGCUGUCUUUACCUUUUUUGGUUUUCCCUGAUCAUGUAUCUGAUUUUGCAAUGUACAUCUCAGUUUUUUUGGUCUUUUUUUUUUCUUUCCCAUUUUCAACAAUGCACAUUUGACAGCAGUUUUAAAAUACAGGCCCAGGACCUGUUCACUACGAGUUUCUUUUCAAAUUAAACAUGAGAAAAAAGCACCAAAUUUAAGAACUUUAACAGCUGGUAAUACAUGCAUAGGUUUAGGAAAACAAAAGCAGGAAAAAGAAAAUACCUCUUUCUGUCUCUGUCUAAGCAUCAAGGGCUGAUCUUCAUCCUAAAUCUAGAGAUUAGAGGUUCAGCAGGGUAUAAUGGAAGGAAAAAAAAUGCUGACUUAAACCACUUUUAAAUUACAAACAAUGCCUUGCUGGCUCAACAGUGUUGUCUGCACUACAGGAAUGAAACAUAUUUACUCAAAGAAACUUCCCAUGUACCAAACUUGCAUUUAAUGCCACUCCAUUGACUUCUGAAUCCUAGUUAUUGCUAUUGUUCCCUUGUACAAAAUCUCUUUUGGCUAAAUCCUCUAGGGGGCUGCUGAGAGGUCUGUAUUGCCCCAGAGGUUUAUAUGAAGAUAUUUUAUUUGUACCUAAAAGUCUUUAUUGCUCCUUGCAAAAACUGAACAUUAUGCCCCCAACAUGUGCCAGUUUCUGCAGAGCCCAUUCUAAAUAUAAACUUUAAACUUAGUAAGCAAAUACAUGGAUGUCAUCCACACUAAUCUAUACAUUUUGUGUGUAAACUGCAAAUAUCUGACAGCACAGAGUGGACUGAAAUUAAGAAAAGAGAGAAUUUAAACAUCUCUUUGCUACAAGUAAAAAGGCAGGAAGUCAGCUUUUCUAGCUUUUACACUGCAGUCAUAUUUGGAUUGAGUUUAAAUUGCUGUAUUCAAUCAUCAAGUGAAACUAUUAGUAAUCCAUUCACAAUCCUUUCACUUAUUACCUGGGUUUAAUUACUUUGCUGAGGAGUAGUGUAAAGAGUAAAAAACUGCCACUUAUUUCAGAUUCAUCCAUCAUUAUUUUUCACAAGUCUUGAUCUCUGGUUCUACCUGAAGUGGGUAGAAAAACCAAUACUGGGUAGAAAACAAUACUGGGUAGUGGGUAGAAAAUUUAAUACUAAUGUAAAACUAGCAAAACUUUAUUUUGCACUUAAGACAGAUAUCCCAUACCUUUGGCAUGGUUUUAGGAAAUGUUCAAGUCCUGGAACUGCAUGGAGGAACAGUAAAAGGACAUUGUUGUUUAGUGGUGGAAAUAAUAAAUAGGAAUCUACUUUCAUCAUGGUAAUUUUUUUUUUUAAGAUAAAACAUUUUAUCAGUUGACUUACUGAAAAGUAUCUGUAAAGUGUUCAGUAAGUAUGCUUAGGAGAAUCAAAAGUGCUUCUUUGUACAGAGGAUAAAAAUAGUAACAGAUUUAAAAUGCAGUAGCCUUUAAAAAGUUCUGAACAAAAAUGUAUGUGACAAGAAAUGCAGUCUGAUGCUUAAACUUGCAAGACGAGUAAAAAUUAGGAUAUGACUGGUGAGCAGUAGAACUCGUCCAUUAGUGCCGCCAGCAGAAUCCGAGAUAAAAGGUACAAAACCUACCGUAGAUAAUGCCUUCUGACUCCUCCAGAAGGCUGCUGAUCUGGGAAUUAUGUCCCAACUAAUGAUGUUUGAUUCAGAGAGAUUGCAUUAGCUAUGUUACUAAUUAACAGGUAUGUAAACUACAGCUGGAUAAAGUACUUCCUUAGCCCAUGCAUUUUUAGGUAGGUAGUUCACUCAAUGCCAUUAAACUGCAACGAGAUUUAUUUUAGAGCAGGCUUGAACAGCUAAAUAAAACCAAUUUUUACAAAAAGGCUGGCAGUUGGCAUUUAGCCUGUUACUGGUUCAGUUAUCUAAAUGCCAAUCUUGAACUUACACAUGAAACCUCAACUUGGGGGCAUCCUACGUGUUUUGAAGUGCACAGCUGGGUGUAACAAAUUGUUUGGUACCCAGGAUUUAAAUACUUCAAGAAAACUGAAAGAAACAAAGCCAUUCAAGCUAUCACAGAUGAAAGGAGAAAUUCACCUUUGCAACAUGAUCUCAUAGCCGCCAAAAAGAAGACGUCAAUGGGAGAUGAAAACACAGGGAAGAAGCAAAAGCCAAGUGAAAAUUAGGUUUUGUAUGACACAAAUUCAGACUAAAAAGCAGCUCACUGCAAACAUUCAGAACAUCUACAUUUUCUGAAACUUUAUUUCCCUUUACAAGAUUGUUUAUCAACAUAUGCAUUCUGAAAAUGUUUUGUCACUUUGCUUCCUUCAUGAUGUUAAUAGCAAAGGAAGAGGUAUUUUACAUGCAGGGAUUUUAUACAUAAAUAUAUUUUUAUUUGUAAUUAAGCCAUUCUCAAUAAAGGUUUAAAGUCACA